AUGCUGAACUGUCGUGCGUGCCUUUGGCGAUGCACACAAGCGCUCGAUGUCCCGACGACCAAUGCGCACCGCCUCCGUCGUCAUGUAAAUCCGCUUCUACAACAGAGCCAGCAACGACUGCUAUCCACCCGCCAUGUCGCUAGAGCAAAGGGUGAGAGGUUUGCAGACACGAGCGAGGCUAAGGGAAUAUCACAAAAUGAAGAAGACCACUUCAAGAGGUCUGCGUUCGCAGCGAACCGGAAGAGAAGAGAAACCACGGCAUUGCGGCAAACGCCUACACGACAACCGGUCGACGAGACACCCAAUCUAGCGAGACUUGGCCGGCGAGACCCGUCCAUGACAGAUAGCGAAUGGAAUAGGAGGAAGAGAGAGUUGCGAUAUCUGCAGGAUCCGCUGGAGCUGGCGACGUUUGUGAGGAAUGAGUUGAAGAAGGACAAGGCAGAAGACAUGCUACAGUUGGUGCGCAUGGCGAGCCACUCUAUGCAGUGCAUUGUCAGCUGGAACCAUAUCAUUGACCACUACUUGGCUAAGGAGAAAGUCAACGAUGCGAUCAAGAUCUACAACGAUAUGAAAAAGCGUGCGCAAUUCCCCGACUCCUACACAUACACAAUACUCCUCAGAGGCCUCUCGUGGAACGCGCAUACAUCUGGCAUUCUCAGCAAAGCCCUUUCUAUCUACCACUCGCUCUCCGCACCGAACUCACGAGUCGAACCGUCGAUCAUGCACACAAACGCUGCGCUGAAAGUAUGUGCAAGAGCGGGAGAUAUGGAUGCUCUAUGGGGUGUGGCUGGAAAGGUACCAGAGAACGGGCCGGCAGCAGCCAAUGCCAUCACAUACAUCACCAUACUCAACGCUAUACGGCAAAGCUUGUUGGUAGACGCGCCCAAAGGAGAGAGCGAGGAUGAGACGGCUGCGAGGAGAGAGCGCGGAAUCAUGGAAGGGCGGCGCAUGUGGGAAGAUAUUGUCGGGAGGUGGAGACGAGCAGAUCUGGCCAUCGACGAAGAGCUUGUCUGCGCAAUGGGAAGAUUGCUGUUGAUUGGCAGUCGACCGCGAGACUGGGACGACGUGCUCUCGCUAGUAGAGCAGACAAUGGACAUACCACGACUCGUUCCUCGACUAGGCUCGGUGGAGCGACAAGACGCCGGCCUUCCACGUGUGCGAGCCCCCAACGUACCCGAACGAUAUCGUAUCGACGACGACCAUCUUUCUCCUGAUAAUACCCCCACGCGUGGCGAUGAGUUCCUAGCUCUGACACCUCAGGGCGUAGGCAGUGCAGUAUCAAAUCCUCUCAUCUACGUUCGACCGGGCAACAACACACUCUCUUUAGUCCAAGAAGCUUGCCAGAAAAUCGUAGCGAACAAGGCAGCUCAGGAAUACUGGGACCUCUUGACCGACCCUACAACGUACAAGAUUAUCCCCGACGUAAACAACCUCAAUAUGCGUUUACGCAACCUCCGCCAGAACCGCGCCUCGAGUGCUGCAGUCCAACUCCUGCAGCAGGAUAUGAUGGAUCGGGGCAUCAGGCCUCCACCUGGUACGUUCCGGAUCGCGAUGAGUACCUGCGUCCGCGACAAGAACAACCACAACUCGCUCAAGAAUGGAGGUCAAAUUUUGAACAUCAUGUCCAAGACCUUGGAAGACGCAGAUCCCAAGACUGUCACCAUGUAUGCCGGGCUUGCAGUCUCUUUCCCCUUAGCCAAAGGCUCGGAUUUUGUCGAUGCCCUCACUCUACUCAACCCCCUCGUGAAGAAUAUACGUCUACAACUAGGGGUUGGUGCAGGGCAAACCAAGUAUGCGCAGCGUCGCGGACCUCAGUUCUUGAAGGGCGAGGCAAGACAAGAUGCUAUCGAUGCUUUGAAGAAAGUCCAUGGCGUAUACGACAAGUUGCUAUUCUCGAAUCUCAUUGCCGAAGAGCUCAAGAGCCCGUUCGAGAAAGAGAGAGCGAGACUCUCUGCAUUUGUUCAGAGGGUUAUGUUCAAGGGUGGACAAAUGAAUGCUGCGGAUGAAGGGCCACUUGAAGAGGCAAAUUUGCAUGGAUAUCUGCGGAAAGAGGAUGGCCAGGGAGACGGCGGAGUGGAACCGAACGAAGUCAGAGAAAGGAUCCAAGGCGAUGCCAGACCGUCAUGGAGAAAGGAAUGGAAAAGGCCAUUGGAGAGAUCAUCGCGGCCAGCAAGGCCAAUGAAGCCUUUUGAGCGAAGGAAGAAGUACACGUCUCCGACAGUUGACAAGUCUGGAGAAUUGAGGGACAUGUAG